AUAAAGGCGCCAGGUUUUCUCAAUGAAGCCGGGACGCGCCAGGAGCGCACUGCGGGGGUGGCACCCAGCUGGGGCUGCGUGCUCGUCGCCCGUGUCCCCGCUGCCCCUCCGCGAGGACAUGCAGCUCAUCGUGGGCAUCGGAGGCGUGACCAACGGCGGCAAGACCACGCUGACCCAAGGCCUCUACAAGGCUCUGCCCAACUGCUGUGUCAUCCACCAAGAUGACUUCUUCAAGCCCCAAGACCAAAUAGCAGUUGGGAAGGAUGGCUUCAAACAGUGGGACGUGCUGGAAUCGCUGGACAUGGAGGCCAUGCUGUCCACUGUGCAGGCCUGGCUACGCUGCCCCCAGAAGUUUGCACGUGCCCACGGGGUCAGCGUCCACCCCAAUGCCGCAGACACCCACAUCCUGCUCCUUGAAGGGUUCCUGUUAUACAGCUACAAGCCCCUGGUGGACUUGUUCAGCCGCCGGUACUUCCUGACAGUGCCCUAUGAGGAGUGCAAGCGGAGGAGAAGCACCCGCAACUACGCGGUGCCCGACCCCCCUGGCCUCUUCGACGGCCAUGUGUGGCCCAUGUACCAGAAGUAUAAGCACGAGAUGGAAGCUGAUGGUGUGGAAGUGGUGUAUUUGGAUGGCAUGCAGUCCCGCGAGGCGCUCUGCUGCCAGGUCCUGGAGGACAUCUGGAACUCACUCCUGAACCGCACCUAGGCAGACCGGCCCCAGCCCUGCCCACCCUGCCCGGUUGCAGGGACCGCCCUGGACAGGACCCUG